AUGGCAUUGGAAACCUGUCUUCAGAGCAUAUUAAUAACAUUCAGCAUCAAGGAUGAAAAGGAUGCCCAGGACUUGAUCUUAGAAAAAACCAAAGAAGUGGAGUCUUUACGAAAUUCCAGCUUGGUUAAAGGAGCAAGAAAAAUGCCAGGGGCAAUGGAGCGAUUUGAUAAACUGGAUAUGUCAGCUAUGCUUAAGUUGGAGCCGGCUUUCGACAGAGAGCGAAUUUCCAGAAAGAUCCUCCCAGAGGCUGCUCCAAGCACUCUAAACUGUAAAAUGAAAGCCAGAGAGAAGUACCAAUCUGACCUGUGGUUAGAAAUUGAACACCUGAAUAAGGGUUUAGUGCUACCAGACCCAAGUUCAUCUUCCUUGGCACGUUUUAAUACAACUACCUAUGCCGUGGCUCAGUGUGAAAUCACAGAUUCUGCUCACCUUCCAGUUCACACACCAACGAUAAAGAGAAAGGAAUAUCAUAAUAGAAUCCUCUUUCCAACUCAGGUACUUGAUUUAGUUAUAAACUUAGCAGGUCCUUGAAAAAUGAGAAUAAGUUCGUUUUGGUCUCUAACCCCUCCCUCCCUCCCUCUCCCCUUCCCUCCCUCCCUUUCUCCUUUCCUCCCUUCUUUCUUUUCUUCCUUUUUUCUUGGAGACUUCUGG